AUUUCAGUACAGAGAAUAAUUAUUUUACAAUAUCGUAAUAUCCGGUUCCGGUUUUUCGCGUCCUGUCAUUGGUCGAAAUGCGUAUUUUUAAAUUUUAUAACACUUUUCCCGCCGUUUUUCAACAAAUCAAAUCAUUUGUCAUUGCGCCUGUGCAAAAAAAACCUUUGUUCCUCGUUUUCGUUUCCGAUCUGUUCCCUUUUCCGUCUUUUCCUUUCUGUCUUGGGGCUGUGUAGAACUACUGCCUACCAAACGACGCCAUGAAUCAACGCUUUCUUUGUUUAAUCGGUUUUAUCGAAUUGUACAAUAAAGUUAUCAUGGAAAUUUUAUAAAAUACGAACAUUUUAUUCAGUAUGGAUAACGUUGUAACGGCAGAAUGCCUUACGCUAGACUUUGGUCCAUUUGCAACUGUUCAUUCAUGGGAGCGAAUGCCGGAUUGCGCCGAAUUUGUUGGGGCGAGGCGUAGCAAGCAUACUGUUGUGGCUUAUAAGGAUGCGAUUUAUGUUUUUGGCGGUGACGAUGGUAAACGAAUGCUAAAUGACUUGCUUCGUUUUGACGUUAAAGAGAAAUCUUGGGUCAAAGCUCUCGCAAAUGGACAGGAGAUCUCUCCGCGUUACCAUCAUUCUGCAGUGGUGCACGACUCGUCCAUGUUCGUUUUUGGAGGCUACACCGGCGACAUUCAUUCGAAUUCUAAUCUCACGAAUAAAAAUGAUUUGUUUGAAUAUAAAUUUCAAACUUGCCAGUGGACCGAGUGGAAGUUUAUCGGAAAAACUCCAGUUGCACGAUCUGCUCACGGUGCUGCUGUUUACGACAAUAAGUUGUGGAUAUUUGCCGGUUAUGAUGGAAAUGCUCGCCUUAAUGAUAUGUGGACAAUUUCAUUAUUGCCCGGAGAUCAUAAAGUUUGGGAGGAAGUGGUCCAGUCGGGAGAUUGUCCACCGACUUGUUGCAAUUUUCCAGUCGCAGUUGCUCGUGAAUCGAUGUUCGUCUUCAGCGGUCAAAGUGGCGCGAAAAUUACCAACAGUUUGUUCCAGUUUCAUUUCCGAGAGAAAAGAUGGACACGAAUUUCCGCUGAGCAUAUCCUGAGAGGUGCCCCACCUCCACCUGCACGUCGCUACGGUCACACGAUGGUAACUUUUGAUCGGCAUCUUUACGUAUUUGGAGGAACUGCCGAUUCGACUUUACCCAACGAUCUGCAUUGCUAUGAUCUCGAUACACAGACGUGGAGUAUUGUGUCACCGUCGUCUGACAGUCAGAUACCAUCGGGUCGAUUGUUUCACGCAGCGGCUGUGAUUGGCGAGGCGAUGUUUAUUUUCGGCGGUACAGUCGACAAUAACGUUCGAUCUGGUGAAACCUAUCGAUUUCAGUUUUCUUCGUAUCCAAAGUGCACUUUACAUGACGAUUUCGGAAGGUUAUUGAACAAUCGUCUCUUCUGCGAUGUUGAAUUCAAUGUCGGUGAAUGUGAAACAAAAAUUCCUGCACAUAUUGCAAUCGUAGCGGCGAGAUCACAGUCGCUUCGGAAUCUAAUUAGACAGGCGCGAGAAUGUCAGGAAAAAGAGGAUACGAUUGAGAACACCAAAGUAGCCGUGAAGGAUUCUCUCCUAAAGGUGAAGUUAACGGACGCAGUGCCCGAGGCUUUCGAAAUGGUAUUGAAUUACAUCUACACGGAUCGUAUCGAUCCGACUAAACGCAUAGAGGAUCCAUUGAGUAAUCGAAUUGUAUUGCUCAUGAUGGACGUCUACAGGCUCGCUGUUCAAUUCAAUAUGAAACGUUUGGAACAACUUUGCGUCCAUUAUCUCGAAGCAACUAUAAGUUACGCCAAUGUUUUGGAAGCACUACACAAUGCGGCCCAUUUGAAGCUCUACUUUAUUAAAGAAUUCUGUCUCAGUUUCGUGGUAAAGGAGAGCAAUUACAAUCAAAUAGUAAUGAGCCAGGAAUUCGAGACAUUGGAUAAACCCCUGAUGGUUGAGAUAAUCAGACGUCGACAAAUGCCACAAGCGAGAACUUUUACGAAAAACUAUGAAUUGGGAACAGGCACAACACUAGAGCAAGACAUGGAGGCAUUUCUAAAAACCGUGGGACGUGAAUUUUGUGAUAUUACCCUGAUCUUGGACGGUGUACCAAUUCCAGCUCAUAAAGCAGUACUCGCUGCGAGGUGCGGCUACUUCGAAGGCAUGUUCCGAUCAUUUAUGCCUGAAAAUAACACAGUUAACAUUCAAAUUGGAGAAAUGAUUCCAUCGCCUGAAUCUUUCGACUCUCUGCUGAGGUACAUUUACUACGCGGACGUUGCAAUGCCACCUGAAGACUCGCUCUAUCUCUUCACGGCUCCGGUUUUUUACGGUUUCACAAAUAAUCGUCUGCAGGCGUUUUGUAAGCAGAAUUUGGAAAUGAACGUCACGUUUGAAAAUGUUAUACAAAUUCUAGAAGCAGCUGACAGAAUGCAGGCCGUGGACAUGAAGAAGUAUGCACUAAAUCUCAUUGUACACAAUUUCAGCAAGGUUGCACGUCUGCCGAGAUUGAAACAAUUAAAUAGAGAUUUGUUGCUGGAUAUAAUAGAAGCACUUGCUGACGAACAAAGUGAGGCUCGAACUUGUCAGGAUAUGACUAGUGAUUGCUGACAAAUCCUAACCAUUAUUGAUGGUAGAUAAAAAAGUCCAGUAUGAAUUGAUCGGGAAUAUUUCAAAAGGCUCUAUCACUAACAACUCGAUGAAAUAUUCUUCCUCCAAAGCUGCGAGAAGUAUUUCCUACGUCAUUCUACUAGUCCUGGAGAAUCCUUUCAGAGGUUGGUUAAUAGUACUCUUUACAUGUUUUCUGGUUGGCAUCCAGAAUUCGAGAAAAGUACACAAACAUCUAAUUUACGACAUGAUGUCGUUUUUUGCUUUAUUUGUCAUUUCAAUCGAGAGUUUCGGUCGAAAUUGAAGUGCAAAACUUUUAUUGACAAAAAAUGAAGUUAUCCGAAUAAUAAGAAAUCUUUUUUCAAUUUAUAUCAUGAUUAUAUUUUCACUUUAAUUAAUUUACUUUCAUAACUAAUUGUUUUCAUCUUGAUUCUUUACAAGAAUCAAAUGCCAAAUUAUCUGGCACCUUCACUAUUCAUUUAUUCUGUAAUUAUUUUAAAUAUUUACAGAAAAUUUCAUAAAUUCACAUUGAAAAAUUCAUUUAUUUAAAGAGUUUUUCGUGUGUUUUUUCGAACUUAUCCCAAUGGAAUUUUGAACAUAUUUUCUAUUGCUUUCAGAAUUGAGAGUGUUACGUCGUAUAAGGCGAAUCCGUUUAUUUUCAUUUUUUGAUAUCAUAAAAUCAUGCAUUCCUAAAUUCACUCAAAUUAAGAGAAUGAAUCAUAAACUCCUUUUAUUCAACAAUAAAUCAAACUCAAUAAUCCUGGAGUGAAUAUAUUCAUGUAAAUUGUCUGUAUGUUCAUCAUCGAUUUUUUUGAAAGGAAACUUUCAUUCAACAAUAAAUCAAACUCAAUAAUCCUGGAGUGAAUGUAUUCAUGUAAAUUGUUAGUAUGUUCAUCGUCGACUUUUUUGAAAACGAUAUUUUGAAAGGAGGUAUACUUCUUUCCGUCUGUGCUUAGAGAAAUCGUUCCAAUAAGUAAUGUCUUUUAGCAUAACAAAAUUUUGUAUAAACAAAAUACUUUUAAACUAAAAGAUUCAUAUAUUUUUUUAUUUAUAUAAAAUCGUUUUAUGAAUGGAAUGGAAAGAAAAUUGUUCACAAGGAGAAAUGAAAUAAAGAGAUUUAAUGUUAAAUAAUAACAGUAA